GGUUUUCCCAGCCCUUGCGACUGCGCAGACGAAGUGCAUUCGAAACCAGGACAGCAAUGUGGUGCGUGACCUGGCGAAUGGUGUGCCCAAAACGGAAGUGCACAAAAACAAACAGUGCAGGGUUACCGCUGGCAACAACUGUAUAUUGUGGCUGAUAUUGAUAAAGCGGGUUGAAGCAAUUCCAGUGGUAACUCUUUGGCUUCUCGCAGCAUGAACUCGCACAUUCUGAAUUCCUGUGUGAAAGUGCCCAUCGAUCCGUGCAAUAACUGUCCGGCGCCGGUAUACAAUCGCCCCAAGCUUUGCUCCUUUGGUGGAAGGAAGCCGUCUGAUAAGGCUCCCACUUCACAGGCGGAUGCAGAGACUCCUGCUUGGAGAAGCCAUAUGGGGGUCAGGUCCCUAGCUAAAUUUUACGACAGUAUACCUGACUACUGUGAUGUUAAGCACCUGCACCAAGCUGAGUUCUACUCAACUCUGGAGAGCCUGCGAAGCACCAGCCGAGAAUUGCGAUCUCAGUCAGCAACUGCUCCAAUUUUAGAGCAAAGUGCUAGUGUCAGCAGCAGUUCUGUCUGUCAUGGAAAGUCUAAAAAGCGGCCUUCCAAGGUGAAAAAGAUAAGAAAACGUCCUUUGGUGCUGGAUUCUGCUCCUUCGCCAGAAAUUUUAGUGAUCCCCAAUCAACAGGAUAGAUGCGUUACGCAUCCAGUUGUGCAUACUCCCAGUUGUCUAAGCGAUGAGUACGACAAGUGCCUUAGGGACUUGAGUCGCCUAAAAAGCUUUAAAGAGGAUUUUGCUGUGGAGGUUGCAGAUUUCAAGAGGUCCCUUAAGAACUUUGAAGCGGAGUUCCGCAGGCCAAAGUCCACAAGCAGCAAUGGGACUCAAACACAACCCAACAAGCAGAGUCAGACACAAAACCGCUGUCAGAAGACUGCCAAUCCUCCCCAGAACACGGCAGAACGGGCGAAGUGCCGGAGGGAAAUGCUACGCAGGUGCUUCAGUGUCAACGAUCUUCAAGGAAUUAGCUCAGAGGUUCAUUCGAAGCCUUCCAAACUAGUUCAGCCUGCGCGAAGCAACUACUUUCCGCCCAGUAAGCAGGAGGAAGUUCCCAAGAUUCAAUCGCCCUCCUCAACGAAGCGAAGUAGUAGUGCUUCCACCGCAGCAAGAGGUCGAGAAAGACGCGGCAGAAUAAGGAAACCAAAGCCAGCGCCUAACGCAAGGGAUGAGAAACCACUACCUCCGCUGUACAUCUAUGAGUUGCCAGAGGGAUCGGUCCAGAGGAGAACGCCCAGUGUGUCACCGCUGCACCCAGUAUCUCGUCCUAAUCUAGCGGCAACUUUGAGAGCUGAAGUCUCUAGGAAAAAGGUUAAGGAGCUGAAAAACAACUGCACUUAUCAUGAUCCUCGUCCGCAAUUCGAUUGGGAGGUGAGAAAAACUCCUGCUUGGAAAUCGCUGUCCUUGAACGAAUCUCACAAAGCUUUGUUAUCCAUCCGACUGGCCACCCGGAGGGCAGAGCAGGCUUUUCAGGAGCGCCAGUACGAACUACAUAUGGAAAUGAUGCGCCAACGGGUAAAAUCCGCUCCGCUUCUUCUUGAAGGUCCCACAUUCUGGGGCCCGGAAGUGGGCAAGCUCACCCACACCUGCCGGAGUGAGGAAUUGCGUCAUUCCUGUGAGGAAAGCCGGCAACGUAGAAAGAAAAAGUCCGACUGUCCAGUUCCAGAUGCGGAUACUAAGCUGCAGCAGCUGCGCAAGAUCUAUGGUUCUGAAAAGUCUUGUUCGAGGCAGUCUCAAAGAAGCAAGCGGUCCGGACGACGACCGCAAGGGCUGACGACUGACACGCCCAUCCAUGAUAGCGGUGACGACCUGUGCAGCGUAGAUCGAGCUUUCCUCUAGAGAUUCACAUAAUUUCCAAGCACAUAGUCACAAUAUAUAUAUACUCUUUUGAAAUGA